AUGGCUGCCCUCGUACAAUCAUACCCACAGCAGUCGAGCACCGUUACCAUGCUCCAGACUCGCCCUUCAUCUGCCUCUGGUAUCCUUCAAACGUCCGCUCAGAGUCAAUCCCACCAGUAUCCGACAAAUCCCUCGCAGAUGCAACGGAAUAGUUUCCACGGGAUGAACAACGGGACAGGAAUGCCCAACUAUCGGGGCCAUUCAGCGGUUGCUCCGAUUGCUCCAUAUGCAUUCACCAGCACACCCAGUCUUGCCAUGCCGAACCAGCGGCCACAGUUGAUGCCACAGUUCCGCUCCGAGCAGAGAGCGUCCUCAGCCCCAAUCGUGCCAACUAUACAACAGCCUGAGUCAAGCUCUAAUCCCUCCCGGUCACGCUAUCCCGCGGCGGCUUCCAUAUCAACCACGUCCUCUUGCAGUUCAUCCGACCUAUCCUCACUAAGUCAAAAGUCUGGUUCUAAAGAUGAUUCAGCUAUCGUCAAAACGGCACGUAUUGUCUCGGGUACUACUCGGCCUCACUCCACCGUCAUAUCAGGCUCGGCCGUGAAUCUCGCCCCUCCUCAAUCAUCUGGCAAAGCCGCUCCGGAUCGGUAUCGCCGACCAAACAACCGUCGUGUGGAGACUGCUCCUGGCCAACAAGCUGGCCCACAGUCUAGUAUGGCUUCGUCUUCGGCCCUGCCAAAUGUUAUGCAGUUCUACAACACUGGGGUUCAAAAGCCCGCGGCGACUAGCACGCAAUCUAGCUUUAACAUGCCAGAGUUCUCCAGCCAGAAAGCCGGAUCCUUACCAACACUGGGUACCGCAGCUGAUGAUCUACAAUUGAAUCGACCAGCCGUCGUGGACCAGGCCAAGCGAUAUCGCCGGCGAAGCAUUCACACCAUUGAUGCUGGCGACUUUACCCACUCUAUUCCCCCAGGAUUGCUGCCCCAAGCAUCAAGGCAGAGUAGCAGUGCCAACGGCCGGAUUGACCACCAGCAGCAUCCGCUACGCAGUUCACCGUUUGCCGGGGCUCGACCAGUCUCGUCCCACGGGCGAAAUGGUAGCAGUGACAGCGUGAACUCUGCACGGAGCGGUCGACACUCACGCCCCAGCUCAGCGACCAAGCGAGACCCUGGCGGAUCCAUUGCAGCUGGAAACCCCGCCCCAUCGCCAUCGGAGGCUGCUGCGGCUGCAACGCCUGUAUUGGCCGCCACCGACCAGAAUUCACUCAAGCACGAUGUUCCAAAACUAGUAAAUAUUCCUCCUCGUGGUUCGUCUUCCGAUGCGGCGAAACGAAUUGCCAAUCCCUCUCCUUUGUCGAAGCCGGUGACAAUGAAUUCCGAGUCGUCGGCCCCUGCCUCCAGGGAUUCUUUCGCAUCGGCGGUAAACGCGGCCCUCCAGCAGCCAUCUAAACCAACGUAUGCGCAGGUCGCUAAUGGCGCAAAUGCUGGCAGUCCCGCCGCCCAGAAAUUGGCAGCUUUAAAUGAGAAGGACGGAAAAAAGAGUAAAACAUCGCGGUUGCGGAGAGCCUUCUCAUUCGGCAGCGCUGCCGAGUUGAGGCGAGGGGCUGCAGAGAACAGUGCUGCCAACAAUGUUGCGUCCGCGUCGGCAGCUGAGCGGUCAAAAUUUCGAAAGGACCAAUAUCAAGAUGAGCAGGAGGCUGAGCAGGCUAGAAUUGCUGAACAACAGGAGGCUGCUGGUAUCGGCUCCGGGAUCUAUUCUGGGCAGGGCAAUUUCUUUAGUGGAUCGACUGAUAACCUUUCUAUUUCGUCAACCGCGUCAUCUGCGUCCAUUAUGAUUCGGAAGAUGGGCAAGGGAAUGAAGAAAUCCACUCGAUCACUCGUCGGACUCUUCCGCCCCAAAUCCAUAAUCGGUGUUCCUGCUGCCGAUUCUUUGCAACAAGGUAGCCAAGCUCAGGUGUCAAUGGUAACUGUGGAGGCUGAGCGGGAGAAGGUCAAUGUGAACGCGAGUCCUCUUGACCAAGUUGGGGGAGGAACCGGCUAUCCUAGGCUCGAAAGAAAUUCUCUCGAUGCAGCCAAUGCCGGUGGUCUCAUGCCUGAACGCUUGGGCAGCUCCUCUACAGAGAAUUCGGCUUCCAGAAGAAGCAUUGUCGGCGGCGAGAAGGAACGGGCGGAGGUCCUUGCUGCCGUUAAGAAAGGCAUCUUGAAACGUACCGGCACAGACUCAGGCAACUCUUCUCCUGUCAUUAAGCCCCAUGAUCAGAAGACUCCAAACUUCCAAUUGCCACCAAUCCCACACGUCAAUGACUCACCGAGCUCCUCAGCGCCUUCCACUCCUAAUGAUGAACAACAAGGCCAUCGACGAACUGGUUCGGUAACGCUAGGUGGAGAAGACUACUUUAUGUCUGCUCUGCGAUUCCGUGGCGAGUCAUCGAGUUUGCCAAAUUCUCCUCAGGGAACUGUCAAACGCAAUGCAACCUUUAGCCCUAGAAUCCAAUUCCACGAUACGUGGCCCAGUGGCGAGUAUGAUAGACGGGGCGAGAUUGCCACCUGCAAUCGUUUAACACCCAUGCUUGCACAACAGAUCAAAGAGGAACUCAACACUUUCAAAAUGGAAAUGGAGGUACACGAAAACUCCAAAAUCUACACGCAUUUCUUCUAA